AUGAAGGAUCGAAUUGUCGUGACUGCUGUCAAGACAUCUGCCAAAACACCUGUCAAGACACCUGCUGAAACAUGUUCUGUAAACUCUACUAAAAAUAUGAACCAUUCUUUCGAGGAUUUUUCCCGUUCGGUCUGUGAUUCUGACAAUAAACACAGUCUUUAUAAUGCAAAGGCACAACCCGCUUUACUAAGACGUCCUUCAUUUCAAGAUCAAUCGAGGCAAGUCUGGUUUGACUAUUCAAUACGACAUGUACAGUCUGACGUUCAACAUGAACGUAUACUGAAUCCUAUACAAACUCAAGCACAAACUCUCUAUUCCACGAUUUGUGAUUUUGAAAAACUAGUCAAGAAGCAAAUCACUCCUAGCAAUUUGAAGAGUAGUCUUGAACUUCGACAGAGUAUCGCAGUCAAUUAUCUGUCCCUGAUUAAGCUAGACAAUCGGCUCAAUAUAAAGUACGGUCUGGAUUCUCGUUUAUGGAAAGCCGUCGUGUAUCCGACUGUUGACUAUCUUCGCAAACAAAUAUGUGCCGAGUCUGAAUUGUCGGAAUCAGACUCACAAUCUCUGUGGAAAUCAUGGCUUUUGUCGAUUCAAGAUAUCUAUACAGAGUUACUCACAAUGUCCCAUAACUCUUCAUCAAUUAUCUCUCACAAAAUAUCAAACUCUUUGGGCGAUUUAAAGCGGUAUCAGGCUCAAAAUUUAACAAACGAUCGAGCUGGAAAACGAGAUUUGAUGAAAGAGGCUAAAAGUUACUAUUUGUUUGCAUCUCGGGUCGCACCUCAAAACGGAUUUUAUCAGAGCCAAAUUGCUGGAGUCACCGUUACCGCUGGCAUCCCUCUUGAAUCUGUAUGCCAUUACAUUGCUGCUCUUUGUGCUCAAGUUCCUUUUGAGCCAGCCCGGGAAAGUCUUCGAAAUGUGUUUUCCAUUGUUCAAGACAUUCCUUUCAAAGAUACUAUAAGCUCAUUCAUCAGCUUGAUUGAUACUCUUUUUACCAGAAUUAGGCACGUCAUCCUGGAGCUUUACAAGCAAAAAUACAGUGAAUUCAAUGCUUUACUCGCAGAUGCAAACUUCAAAUUUCGACAAACGUCAUCUGCCGAAUCUAAUGUCAGCAACGAGACCAAAGCAUUUGGAGAGCAUUUGUAUUAUAUGUGUGUUAUCACAAUUGGCACGGUUUUAAUCAUAUCCCGUCAGUCUCUUAAUCCUCUUCUCAUGGAUCAGCUUUUGGAAAAUUGUUUAUCGGAUACUGGAUGCAAAGUUGCGCGCUUUAUAAACUGGAGGACAAUCCAAGCUACAUUUAAAACCAUUCAAGAUCAGCUAUUGGAUUUUAUCGAGAAUAAGGAUGAAUCAAUGGCGACUUUACAAGAUUAUAGUAUUACAGAAAUGGCUCAUCAAUUCCAUGUUCCUCGGGAUGACGUUUUGAUUACUAUGUCCAUAUUCAAGUGUUCUAUUAAGCCGAGUCUUUUUUCAACAGCUGAGAUUGAUACUGAUUCUACUCAGACCCUGAGAUUGCACUAUACUCGGCUUGAUGUGUUAUGGAAACAUGUGACUCGAAUUCACGAGUCAAGUUUUAUGUCUUUGAAGUCUGACUGUGCUACUAAGUACAAUGCAAAGAAUAGCCAUGGCAAAAAACAAGUUUCCAAGCAGAUUAAGCAGGAUCUUACUCAAAGCGAUACUGACAAUGCAUCUUUUAUUUCUCAAGAGCCUGCUCAAUUUGUAAAGUCUUUAGACCUUUUUGAAUCUCUUGAAAAUCUUGCAGACAGUUUUGACGAUGACGCUGAUAUAAAAGCUCUCAAGAUCACCCGGGAUGAGCUUGAGGGCAUUGUAGAUAGAAAAAACGUCAAGCCUAAAGAAAUACAGUAUGAUACUGAUCCUCUUCAUACGAUUUUGGUUCUUGAUACCAAUUUAUAUCUGCACAACUUUGAACAAGUCAAAACAAUGAUUACAUCUCGGAAAUGGCAUAUUUUGAUUCCAUUAGCAGUUGUGAGCGAACUGGAUGGAUUGCGAUGCGUGGAGAGCGAGAUUGGAAAAAAUGCAGAACUUGCAUUGGAUCUACUGACCAGCAUUUUUGACACACCAGAUAGCUCACUGGUUGAUCUUAAAAGAGCGUUUGUGAGGGUUAUUACAAGUCGUGGUAAAAUGAUGCACACACUACGCGUACGCUCAGAAGAAUGGCCCAAGUCUUGGACAGCAGAUCAGGACAGUAGCAAGAAUGAGGGGGGUUUUUCACUACGCAAUGCAGAUGAUCUAAUUUUGAAUGUGUGUUUGGGUUAUGGGACGAAUAGCACUCAAAGUUCAUUGGCUCCAGAUGCCGAAUUUUCUUGGUCCACAUCAAAAGUCGUUCUUGUUACACACGAUAUUAACCUACGUCUCAAGGCAAGGGCACUUGGAGUACCCGUCAUUGAUUCUAUUGCAAGUGUCUAUAAAUCAGCAUUAUCCAAGUCCUAA